AUGGUGAGAAUAGUGGGUGGCAGCUACGCCGCGUGGAUCGCUAUGCUUUUGUUGUGGGUGCCCUCGGUCAUUGCCGUUUUCCUCUAUUUUGGCUGGACCACCGACACCUACCCUUCGUAUGAUGCGACGCUCUACCAAUCCAGGGGUCUCCUCUUUGCGCUUUACAGCAUCAUGUGCGUGAAGAAGAUCUUCAAGCACUCUCCGGGGCUGGCCAAGAACCUCAUGGUCUAUGCCUUUGUGGCUGCCACCAUCCUCCCCAUCUUCGAGUUCUUGAAGGACAUGGGAGCUUAUGAAGAAGCCUACAACCUGGCCGAAGAGGUCAAGGACUACGAGGCGGGUCAUGAAGUCAACUACAGCGCCCUUGAGAUCAGCUUCCGCAUGACCCAGGCCCAAAGCAUUUGGAUCUUCUCGUCAAUCUACCUGGCCGUGGGCCUCGCGCUGCUGUGUGCCUCGUACCUGUUCUGGAGGAAGCCCGACUUCCCCAGCAAGGGCCACGCGUACCUGGGCAUCGUCAUCGCGAUCAUCGGGUUCCUCUCCUUCGCCUUCGAGAUCGCCUCCUUCUUCAACGAGGACCUCCUGGUCGUGUUUGGUGUCACUACGCUCUUCUGGGGCGUCGUUGCCUUCCCGUUGUGGCUCCUGUGGCUGGGCACUCGCCUCCACCGCGUCGCCGCCAUCGAGGUCAUCGCCGGACAGCGCACGGCGCCUGUGCACGACGACGAUGACCUGGACCUGGAUAUUGACGCCAACAUGAGGGCAUGA